AUGUCGUGUGAAGAUGAACAUCAUAAUCAUGGAAACGGAUCGGGGCAUGGCCAUCUGCAUGUUGCUCCAAUUCCAACGAACGAAUCCCAAUCACUUUUAAGCAAGAUCGAUCUACCCCAUGCAACCGCAUUGAAUUUGGCUAAUCCUCCGGACGAUCUACAAAAGAUCUUUAGAUCUCAGGAAGACAAGUAUAAACUCAAGCCCAUCAUCAAGACAGACUGCGAUCCCCAGAUCAUUAUCAAUAUCCCGUUUUUGAAUGGAUCGGUCAAACUCUUCUCGUUAAUAUUACGAACUAACGGUGAUAAAUACUGUCCUAAAACAAUAAAAGUCUGGAAAAAUGACAAAACGAUUGAUUUCGAUAACGCCCACUCCAAGAAGCCUACCUACACCAUCACCCAUCCCCAGAUAGGCGUUAUGCUUAACGAUGAUGAAGACGUGCCCGACAUACUAGAGGACGAUGGUGAUUUCGUAGAGCAUUAUUUACCUCGUCAUAUAUUCACUGGUGUUCAGCAAUUGACAUUGUUUAUUGAUGAUAUCUAUGAUGAUGACGAGGAUGAGUCUCAUUUGCAUUACAUUGAGUUACGAGGUGAGUUUACCGAGUUGACGAAGGACCCAGUGAUUACUCUCUACGAACUGGCAGCUAACCCUACUGACCACAAGAAUCUAACAGCUUCUGAGGCCACUAACUAUUCUUUAGGUAAUUGA